AUGCCGUUUAGUGCAAUAAGAUCCAUACAGGCACAAGAUCUGUGUCUAGUGCAGCAUUCAAAAUUCAAGGUUCUUUCUCCCAACAGACUAUCUAGACCAUGUCUAGCCUCUUAUCGAUCUAUUUGCAGCGCAAAUAGUGUUUCGCAACAAGUGACUCACAAUCUCCCGGUUCCGAAGAAGCGCUACGCCAGCCAACGACUUGAGCAGACCACAUACCCAGUGUCUGGAUUUCACUCACAAAGUGCUCUAGCUUCAUCACAGCUAGCGCGGGCGAUUGCUUCACGCCCUGGCACACCUGCAGAGACAUACGUUGCGUAUGGUUUGACUCAGAAGCUCUUCGAGGCCUGUUCUACCCAAGCAGAAUACACUAUACCGCAGUUGAAUAAAAAAGGCGGACAGGUUCCCAAGACUGAUGCCGGAGAAGAUCUUGGGGUUGGCGAAGGAUGGUGGUAUAAAGGUCAGUUUACUUUCACAUUCGGCGGAAUCAAUCUCCAUCUCAUAUUGACGGAUGAAUUCUCGCCAGAAUUGGGGCUUUUGCCCACAUUUUCCACAUGGUCACAAGUCACUUUCCUGCACAUGUACCUAUUAACUGCCCGACUACGUGCUCUGCCAUCACAUGAAAGCCUACAAACCUAUUCACAACACUUGAUCGACCACUUCUCGCACAACGCCGAGCAUCGCAUGGAUGUACUUCAUGGGUUGACCAGUCGUGCUAUCAGGAAUAAAUUUCUCAAGGACCUAUUUAUCCAGUGGCGUGGUGCUUUGGCAGCUUACGAUGAAGGCAUAAUCAAGGGGGAUGCUGUACUCGGGGCCGCUAUCUGGAGGAACUUGUGGAAGGCCGGUCACACCGCUCCUAACGGCGACGAAAUGGAUUGGACCAAGGUUGCCCUUGUUGUCGCAUAUAUGCGACGGGUGCUGCAUGAUCUCUCUCUCGUGAGUGAGGCUGAUCUGGCACUUCAGUUAGGACCUGAAAAGGGAGGCCGGCCUGGUAUAUUCUCAUUCUCCCAGGCAGAUAAGAAGCUGGUUUACGGGAAAUAA